AUGGGUUGUCUAUUAAGUGUGCAAGUCAGCAGCAAGACAUUUCAAAAAAGUCGAUAUAUUGAGCUUGAUCAUCCUGAAAAAAAUUCCUUAUUCGUCACUAGACUGCAAGCAAAGAGAUGUUCAAAUAAUUUCCGAUCUAAUAAAAAGCUCGACCAGCACAGUAUUGAACGAAAACUCACAGCCAGUCAUCUGGAUUCAUCAGCAACAGAAAUAUCUUAA